GUCAGUGUCCGUCCUCCAUGGCGGGUUUAGCUCUCAUCCCCAGCGCUGAGACAGAGACAUGACCGGAGAAACAGGGGAAAAGCACCACGAUCUCUUCUUUAGAGACGGGCUUUAGCGAGCUUGAGGAGGAGCAGAAGGAGGACGAGUUCUUCCCGCCACUCUCAGGUUGCAGCUGCAGGUUUUAUCCGGAGCGCAUGCACAGCACGGGCAGUCUCACUAUGAGAGUCUCCUGAUUCGGGUCCAAGCACAUUUCUGCAGAGCGUCUGCGUCUUUGUAUCCACAGUUCGGCGGGAGCGGGGCGCUUUCUGUGCGCCACUGACUUGGUGAAGGUGAUGGAGAAGCCAGCACAAGCCCAGCUGCAGGCAGGCGCAGCGAAAAGCUCGGAGAGCGCUACCGAGGAUUUGUCCAAAGUCACGGACCAGGAGCUCCUGAAGUGGAGUAAAGAUGAGCUGGUGCGGCGGCUGCGCAAAGCCGAGGCCGAAAAGAUGAGCGCCAUAGUGGAGCACGGAAACCUGAUCCGGGAGGUGAACCGCAGGCUCCAGCAGCACCUGAACGAGAUCCGGGGACUGAAGGAGGUGAAUCAGAAGCUGCAAGAGGAUAACCAGGAGUUGCGCGACCUUUGCUGCUUUUUGGAUGAUGACCGGCAGAAGGGGAAGAAAGUAUCAAGGGAGUGGCAGCGCCUCGGCCGCUACAGUGCAGGCAUUAUGCGUAAGGAGGUGACCCUGUACCUGCAGAAGCUAAAGGAGCUGGAGCAGAGACAGGACGAGGUACUGAAAGAAAACCUGGAGCUAAGAGAGCUGUGUCUUAUGCUGGAUGAGGAAAAGGGCUCUGCAGGCACGGGAGGUUUGCUAAGCACUGGAGGGCCAGCGGGUUGCAGGAACUCUAUCGACAGCCAGAGCAGCCUGUCACAUGCCAGCGCUCCUGGGCCAGGACUGCUGAGGGACGUUGGGGAUGGAAGUAGCACUUCCAGUGCAGGCAGCACUGACAGCCCUGAUCAUCUGACACACAAGCAGCAGCUGCUGGCUGGUCCAGCUGGAGGCAGUCUUGAGCAUGUCCACAAGCCCCGGGCAGGAGAGGAGAUGCCAGUUCCAGAGCACCUUGGCCGCAGAAGAAGCACAAGUCCAGAGUAUGCUGCCCACACCUUUCCUCAAGUGUGCCGGCCUCGCUGCGGUUCCUUCUCUAGUCCUGACCACAAGGGCAUGAGAGGUCUCAGCCCUGAAAAGCUUGGCAAAAGAGGUAGCCCAGAGCAGUUUGCAAAGCAUCUGCCAGUGUCUUCUCAGCCUCCUGGUAGCCCUGACCUCUUUCAGAAGCACAGGACAAGCAUUGGAAGUCUAUGUGGGAGUCCAGAGCCUAAACAGAUAAUGGCAGGGACUCCUGAACAUCUACAGAAGGGUCGUGUGAUAGCAGGAAGCCCUGAGAUGCUAAGGCACCAGUACAGUGGCAGUCCAGAUCAUGGCAAGUUUGGCAGCCCUGGGCGGGAAGUGGCACAAAGGAGGUCAGGAGCAGAGGAGCUGUCCCCGCAUCACCGGAGCAUCUACAGUGGUAUGAAUGCUCUGCUGUCUGCUGGCUGCUGCACCACCUCCUGUAGAAGUGUCAAGCUUUGGGAAAGCUUUGAUGCCUCCUGACCGUUGCCUUGACUGGAACCAUCUCUGGGUUCUUCGCUUUGUAGAAGCCCAGACCUCUGCUGUCUUUUGCACUGGAAGAGAGAGAGUGCACGAUAUUGUGCAGCAGCCAGUGUCUUGUGUCUUUUCCACCCCAUACUGGUUUCAGGUGUCCUGUUUUCCCUGUUAAAGCUCUGCGCAGCAACAACAACAACAACAACAACAAAGAAGAAGAAAAAAAUGGAAACGGGGUUUCAUUAAAAGGGAGAAGGCUAGAACCCCCUAACAAGAUGGGAGAUAAAAGAUGAUCCCUGUUUUGCCAACUAAGUAGACCUACCUCCUUGACAUAAAAUGAAAGCAGUUGAAAAUAAGCAUAAACAUGUGAAAUGGGAUUCAGAGGCUAAAACCCUAACUGUUUACAGAUACCAUACACAACUCCAUGUGGACAGUAAAUAAGUAUUUUAAUUGGAUCUACUAGUAAAUUGAAUUGGACUUGCAUAGCACAGGAAUAAAAAAAAAGUAUUAUCAUAGCAAUCACUGCCUUGCUUUUGUUAAGAGCUUUGUGGCAACCCUAAGUUCAUUAUUACAACAAUAUGUCACAUUAAGUUGAGAUGGUACAAACAAAACAUUGCUCGAAACUGUCAUCAACCAGUGACUGCUGAUGAACCUCAUGGUAAAUGACAUGCGGAAUCAAUAAAAUGCUUUUUUAAAAGCACAAAAACAAUCUUUAAAUGCUCCCUCUGCUCACAGUCAAUAUAAACGGACCAUUCCGGGGGGACAGAUAUUUCAGACAUAUGAAACAUUCUCUAAAAACAAACACACACACACACGAAACAGAAAAUAAAAAAACAAACAAACAAACAAAAAAACUGUUUCCCAUUCAUCCCAUACUAAGUACCAUCAUGCCUUGCUUCUGCCCAGGUGUUUCUGUGAACUGCUCUGAUAGACUAUAGAAAAAAUGCACACACAUAAACACACAUAUAUACAUACAAAACAUAUGCACAUUAUAUUUUAUAUGGGAAUAACAAUUAAUUUUGGAGAACUGGACCGCACACAGUUGUAUACUUGCGUAAGUGAUUUUUGGUAGCCCUUUAUUUAUUUAGGCCUAGAUCACAAGUCCUGUGUGCCAACCAUUGAUCCUCCAGUAUAAAUCAGUAUUACAUACAGUACAAGCUACUUUGUAACCUCUUUGACCUGUGAUCUUUUUUAUUUUUGUUGACAAAUUAUAUCAGACAGAACCAAUAUUAAUAUCUAAAACUUUUAUGUUUUUAAAAAGUAAA